GGACUCUUGUUUUUGAAGGGCCGGACCGGAAGUGGAAGCAGGUAGCGAGAAGCAGCAGAACCUGCUGCGGCCGUGCUUUCAUCCUCCGAUGAGGAAGUACCUCCGCCGAGACCUGCGCUGAAAAACAAUCCCUGCAGCCAUGAAGCUUCGCCUGCACUUUGUGGUGGAUCCCAUGGGCUGGCUGUGCAUCAGCCUGGUGUUUGGGAUCUGGCUCUACAACUCCUUCUUCAUCCCCAAACUGGUUCUGCUUCCACACUACGACGAAGGUCACAUCCCUUGGGCAAUAGUUGUCUGUUACUACAUAGCAUCGGGUCUCUGCAUAGCAGCCCUGUUCAGAGCUUCCACGGCAGAUCCCGGCCGUCUUCCUGCGGAUCCUCACAUACCUCACUCUGAAAGAGAGCAAUGGGAGUUGUGCAAUAAAUGCAACUUAAUGAGACCUAAAAGAUCACACCAUUGCAGUCGCUGUGGCCACUGUGUGCGCAGGAUGGACCACCACUGUCCUUGGAUUAAUAACUGUGUGGGAGAAGACAACCACUGGCUCUUCCUGCAGCUGUGCUUCUAUGCUCAACUUCUCAGUUUAUUCACACUGGUGCUGGACUUCUGCCAGUAUUAUUACUUCCAGCCACUGACAACACUUGACCAGGAGAAGUUUACAACGCGUCAUGAGCUGGCCCUGCUGCGAGUCUCGGCGCUCAUGGGCGUGGUCAUGUUGGUUGGCAUGUCGAGCUUGUUUUACACUCAGAUGACGGGCAUUCUCUCUGAUAUGACCACUAUUGAGAAAAUGUCAACCUUCUCAAAUGAAAUAUACAGCAUGAAGAGAUCCUGGCAGUGGGCCCUCGCAGAAGUCUGCGGCACCCGCUGGAAGCUCCUGUGGCUCUUCCCACUCCGCAGCAGGAAGCCACUCAAAGGCACCCACCACUACCGCACCCACGUGUAGGCCGGCCGGCCCGCCUCCCACCUGCACAGACGAGACACUGUAUACUCCCUCACCGACCCAUCCGCUCGCCUUCGCCGACCUCCUUCCCGCUCCGAGCGCCGGGCAGUGGUCGUGGUUCGUCAGCGGAUACUCCAAGCUUUUUUUUUUU